GAAUUAGUCAAUGUGCUUCAAGGUCGUGUGUUUGUAUGGAUGCUACCGAGAGGAAACAAGGGAUUCUCUAAAGUGAUCAUUAAUCUGUCAUCUAUAAUUAUCAAUCAGGACGUCCUUAAUGUAUUGUGUUGAAAUCACUUUUGGUAGAUUAUGAGUCAAUACAUUGUGCCAUUUGAACACAACGAUCCAAGGCUAUUUUCGCCUGUCUCACAGGCAUUUUCCUUAGCUGAUCUUGGAAAGCGUUUGUUGGAUGCUGCGAAGAAUGGAGAUGUUGAAGAAGUCAAGAAUUUAGUAAAUUGUGGAGCUCCAUUUACUACGGAUUGGUUAGGAAUGUCGGCACUUCAUUUUGCUGCUAUGAAUGGACAUCUCAGCUCUUGUGAGGCGCUUCUUAGAGCUGGUAUCAGUAGAGACGCCCGCACUAAAGUUGAUCGUACUCCAUUGCACCUAGCAGCUCAAGAAGGUCAUGCAGAUAUUGUCGAAUUGUUAUUACGCAGUGGAGCAGAUCUUGGUGCUAAGGAUAUGUUGCGUAUGACAGCGUUACAUUGGGCAGCCGAAAGAGGUCACACACAUGUGGUUCAAAUGUUAAUGCGUUUUGGAGCAAAUGCACAUCUUCAAAAUAAAUUUGAAAUGACACCCUUAGAUAUAGCUGAAAGUAAACACUAUAAUGAUGCUCGUGAUGCAAUGCUGAAUACUCAGUAUGAAUUGUUGCUACCAGUCAGUCGGAUGGUGAAUACAAAUGAAAAUUUAGUCGAUGCUAGUGCUUAUAUUUUAACUGAAGAAAAGACUUUAGUUCCAGCUGCUCCUCCAGCAGAUGAAGUCACUGUCACUGCAACAGCUGAAGAAGAAUUAGGCGGUGCAGAAAAUCCUCAAACUUCUGAGAUAUUCUUAAAUCAUAAUGUCUAUAAUAAUAAUAGUAAUAAUCAGAGUACAGGAGCGACAACGCAUAGUGGAGCGAAAAAUAAAACGAGAUUUGUCAAUAGACCAUUAUGGGAAACUGGAGAGAUAGAUGAAAAUACAAACCAAGCGCCAGAAGCACAGGCUCUUCCUUGUUCUUCAUCACACUUUCGUCCAGAUUCAACAAGCAAACCAAACAUGACGGAAGAUGCUUUACUGUCUUUUGAUGAGAAUUGUGCAAGAGAUUUUAUAAUAGUUGAAACUCCUGAUGGUGAGACAUUGUAUGUUCGUCAACAGUCUAAUGAAGAUGGAACUACUGGCUUGGUUAUACUAACCAGUACAGGUGAACAAGUGAAUAAUCCAGCCUUGAUGGAACAAGUGAUGGAUGCCAUGAUCAGCUUGCCUGGACAGUGCAUCAGUGACACACUAAACUCAAAUAACGUAAAUUUUGAUUCAGAUUCGGCUACUUUACCUCUCCAGCGUCCGAAGAAUAAUUCCAAAUUAGUAGACAACCAAACAACAGUUAUAUCCAGUGAUUCUUCUCUCCAACCUGAUAUUAAUGGCUGCCAAACAAACUGUCAACAAUUAAGUCCUCAUAUUACUGAAAAUGAUGAUGAUGAGGAGGAGGACGGUGAAGAUGAUAAUGAGGAUUCCGACAGUGAUGAGGAGGAGCCACUAGUAGCUCAUUUAGCCGCGUUGGCAAAUCAACCCAGAUCGGAGCAGCCAACCAUCUGCAUAGAAGGGAUGGGACCUGGCGCUUCACCGCAUCAUUUGAGAAGAUGGUGUGCACAUAAUGGGAUAUGUAUUCCUGGAGAUGCAGAGGGACCAUCGUUCAUUGUUGAAUUCAUGUAUGAAGAUGAAGCGUAUACUCUUUCAGCAUCAUACGAUUCGGAAUCCGGUUGUAUCAAUUUCUCUCAUGCAAAAACUGAAGAGGAAGAGGGAGUUCAGCAAUUCUAAAAUAACCUACUACUACUACUAUUUCAAGACAUGACGGUUAUGUGAAUAUUUUCAUUGCAUUUUUAUUGUAAAAAACAGAAAGGAAAAUUUGUUAACUUUUAUUUUUUUUAAUUAAUAAAUAACACAUGGAAUAAUUGUGUG